ACGUUUCAAUGAGAAUGUCGCCAAUUUACCCCAGUUGAAGUCAUGGCAGCGCUGAGACAGGAGCAUCGGUAUGGGCUCUCCUGUGCAAAAAUCAACAAGAAAGCUCAAAAUAAAACGCUAUUUCACGUCAAGCUAACCGAUACCGCCAUUCGAACGCUUGAAGCCUAUCAGAAUCUGAAGGGAUCCUUACCAAAUCAGCCAGCAGUUUGCUUCAAGGGGAGCCAGGGGUAUAUCAAGAUCCCUGCCCCAUCCCCAGAGGCCCCAGAUGCACUCCGGGUCUUCUCCUUCUACCUGUCCAGUGAUAGCAAAGACAAACCUCAGGCCAGCGUUGACUGCAUCCACCAGCAUGUCUCAGGGGAGGGCAGGGAGCACCUGGAGGGCCAGGGCAGUAUUCAGGACAAGAUCACUGUGUGUGCCACUGAUGACUCAUACCAGAUGACCCGAGAGCGCAUGUCUCAGGUUGAGAAGGACAUCAUGAGCAGGUCGGCCAUCGAGAUCAAACCAGGCUCUACACAUGGUAAAUGUGUGAAGAUCCAGAGGAAGCAGGGCCUGUCGUCAGGCAUGGACAGCAGCAGCGACAAGCACUCCCCUAACAACAAGAAGAGCGGGGCCCCCAACCCAGUAGCCCUCAGGCCCCUGAGAGACCGCAUCAUCCACGUCCUGGCCUUAAAGCCCUACAGGAAGCCUGAGCUGCUGUUGUGGCUGGAGAGGGAGAGGGCCACUCCCAAGGACAAGACUGACCUGGGAGCAGUACUGGAUGAGGUUGCUAAACUGAACCACAAAGACCACAGCUUUACUCUGAAGGAUGAGUUCUACAGGCACGUCCAAAAGGAUUGGCCCGGUUACCUGGAGGAAGAGAAGCCGCUCAUCCAUAGGCUCCUGGCCAGGAAACUGCAGCCACUGAGCAGCAGUACCCAGUUGAAGAGUUUCCAGUCAAACCAUUCAUUCCACAAAACCCCUGCGGAUUCUCCGUCACAACUCAGCCCGGUCAAGACUCCCUCUGUGAAACGCCCCGUGCCCUCCGACCUAUCUGAUUAUCAGACCCCCAAGAAGCAAAGACUAUUAGACCACAGUUUAUCUCUGCAGUCUCCUUCCAAUGGACAGCUUGGUACCUUUGGAGCCCGUAGCUCAUCUGGUCCAGGCAACACCAGUGUACAGACCAAAACAGAGUUUGAGAGAACCAACAAUCACGUCCAGGGAAGCCCUAAUGGUCUCUACACAAGGCAAACAUUGGGUUGCUCCUCCAGUAUUCCCAAGCUGGAGAGGACAGAGCCAGGCCUAGCAGUACCAAGCCCCAAGGCUCCACAGACUGAGCCCUCCAUCUGCACUGACCAGCAGCUAGCCAAUGGCCAGCACAAAAAGAAGAAGUCCAAGAAGCACAAAGACAAGGACAGGGAGCGCUUAAAACAGGACUGGAUAGAGAACAGUCCCGACCUGAAACAGAACCAGGAAAACAUCACUGACAAUGAGGGGGCUAAAACACCUGUCACUCGUACAUCACCGGAGGAGCUGCCCGACUUUUUAAUAAAGUACAACACCAUCACAGCCUCAGAACAGCGACAACAGUACAAGCAGGAUUUCUGUGCAGAGUACGAUGAGUAUAGGGCCCUGCACGACCAGAUCGGUACCAUCACUGAGAUGUUUGUUAAGCUGGGUUCCAAGAUAAACACUCUGUCCCCCGGUACACAGGAAUACAAGCUCAUGGAGGAGCAAAUACUGCAGAAAUACAGAAAGUAUAAGAAAAAGUUCCCUGGUUACCGGGAAGAGAAGAAGCGAUGCGAGUAUCUGCAUCAGAAACUUUCUCACAUCAAAGGUCUGAUCCUGGACUAUGACCGUACCCAGGCCCCUUCAUAGUGACUGGCCUGCACCCUCCUGCCACAGGGUGUUACUGUAACAAUGGACCAAAAGACUCCCCGUGGACCAAAAGACUGCCCAGCCAAGCCUGGGUCCUGGAGUGACCUGGAAUCGCAUAUGAAUCACACAUUCACUUCACUCCUCCCAGUGUUGGUGGGAGGGAGGAGCGAUGUUCUCUUAUAUGAAGUGGGCCAAGACCAGCAACUUGUGAGCAAAUGAAACCCUUUAAUGUUUUUGUUGUUGAGGGCGAGGGUUGUAAUGACUGGAAUUUGUUGUGGUGUAUAAAUCAUAAGAUAACACAAUUUAAGCCAAAUUCCUUUUUCUACCCAUAAUGCAAAAUGUACAUGAACUCUCCUGCCCAAAUGCUUUUAUCGUUUAGUCUAUUAUCAUGACUACACACAAAGGCAUAUUGGUUUGAUGGUACAAUCAUAAGGACAGAUAAGAACAAAUGCUCUUCAUACCCAGUCUUCUAUCAAUGCUAUAUUUAUGUACCCAGUACAAUUUGUUGUUUGCUAUUUCACUGAAUGUAUAGAUGUAAAAUAAUUAUAUAAAGUCUUCAUUCCUAUA